UCUUAAGCCCGCGAAGCGUCAGGUUGCCCCUCACUAGCCUCGCCCGCCGGUCUCCCUCCCGCGCGCGAUGGCCUCGGCGCUGAGCUAUGUUUCCAAGUUCAAGUCCUUCGUGAUCUUGUUCAUCACCCCUCUACUACUGCUGCCAUUCAUCAUUCUGAUCCCAGCCAAGUUUGGCAGGUGUGCCUAUGUCAUCAUCCUCAUGGCCAUUUACUGGUGCUCAGAAGUCAUCCCUAUGGCUGUCACCGCCCUCAUCCCUGUCCUGCUUUUCCCACUCUUCAAGAUUCUGGACUCCAAGGAGGUGUGUACCCAAUAUAUGAAGGACACCAACAUGCUAUUCCUGGGUGGUCUCAUCGUGGCCGUGGCUGUGGAACGUUGGAGGCUGCACAAGAGGAUCGCCCUGCGCACGCUCCUCUGGAUAGGGCCCAAGCCUGCACAGCUGAUGCUGGGCUUCAUGGGGGUCACAGCCUUUCUCUCCAUGUGGAUCAGCAACACAGCCGCCACGGCCAUGAUGGUGCCCAUUGUGGAGGCCAUGCUACAGCAGGUGGAUGCCACCAGAACAGCCACCAGCACGGCCGCCGAGGCUGGCCUGGGCGCCCUGGAGCUGGUGGACAAGGGCAAGGCCAGCGAGCUGCCAGGGAACCAAGUGAUUUUUGAAGCCCCUGCAAUAGGGCAGCAGGAGGACAGAGACAAGAAGAACGUGUACAAGGCCAUGAACCUGUGCUUGUGCUACGCGGCCAGCAUCGGCGGCACGGCCACCCUGACCGGGACGGGGCCCAACGUGGUGCUCCUGGGCCAGAUGAAUGAAUUGUUUCCUGACAGCAAAGACAUCGUGAACUUUGCCUCUUGGUUUGGCUUUGCCUUCCCCAACAUGGUGAUAAUGCUGCUGGUUUCCUGGUUGUGGCUCCAGUGUGCUUUUAUGGGAUUCAGUUUUAAGAAGACUUGGGGCUGUGGGCUGGAGAGGAAGGCCAAUGAGCAGGCUGCCUACGAGCUGCUGCAGGAGGAGUACAGGAAGCUGGGGCCCUUGUCCUUUGCUGAGUUAAACGUCCUGCUCUGCUUCCUCCUGCUGGUGAGCCUGUGGUUCUCCCGGGACCCCGGCUUCAUGCCCGGCUGGCUGUCGCUCCUCAGUGCCGAGGACGAGAAGACCAGGUACAUCUCUGACGCCACCGUAGCCAUCUUUGUGGCCAUCUUGCUCUUCAUCGUGCCUUCCGAGAAGCCCAAGUUCAACUUCUGCAGUCAGACUGAGGAAGAAAGGAAAACUCCAUUUUAUCCCCCGCCACUGCUGAACUGGAAGGUGGUCCAGGAGAAAGUGCCCUGGGGUAUCGUGCUGCUCCUGGGGGGCGGAUUUGCUGUGGCUAAAGGAUGCGAGGCCUCAGGGCUGUCUGAAUGGAUGGGGAAGCAGAUGGAGCCUUUGCGCACCAUGUCGCCGGCAGUCAUCACCUUGAUCUUGUCCUUGCUCAUUGCUGUGUUCACAGAGUGCACCAGCAAUGUGGCCACUGCCACCCUGUUCCUGCCCAUCUUUGCUUCCAUGUCACGUUCCAUUGGCCUCAACCCGCUGUACGUCAUGCUCCCUUGUACCCUGAGUGCGUCCUUUGCCUUCAUGUUGCCUGUGGCCACCCCACCUAACUCCAUCGUGUUUGCCUAUGGACAUCUCAAGGUUUCUGACAUGGUGAAAACAGGAUUUAUGAUGAACAUAAUUGGAGUCUUCUGUGUGUUUCUGGCAAUCAACACCUGGGGACGGGUCAUAUUUGACUUGGAUCAUUUCCCUGCCUGGGCAAAUAUGACACAUGUUGACACUUAAGAAGAGCCACAGGACCAGCCACACACCCCCUGUCCUCCCGAGAACUCCCGAACCUUCCGGCACACCUUGCAGCACAUCUUUGGGCUUCACACCCCAAAGUGAUCCAAUGACGCCCCCACCCCAUCGAGACCCAAAUGGGCCACCUCUUCAUCAGGGCCCCAGUGCAGAGGUGGGGAUGGGCUCGGAGGCAAAGUGCCUCUCAGGAGGCUGCCACUGUCCAGUCCAUCUUUCCAGGGUCCCUGCUGUCAUGGCUGGGGUGGCCAGGCUCCCAUUCAGCCUUGCACUGGCCCCACACUGGACCCUGCCAUCCACCUGUGUAGCCCCAGGAUCUUCUGGGUAGGACUCAGGGCCCCAGCUCUGGAGGUGAGAAAACACCUUCCAGAAUCAAUGCCUCUUUCAGCUUCCCUGGGCUGCCUUGGAUCACUCUCCUGUCAUCAGAAGGGGCCGACCCACCCCAGGGACAGUGUGUGGUCCUGGGCAGCUUCCUGCUGCAGGAGUGAAAGCAGGAUGCGGAGUCUUGUAGGACUGCUGGGGAGUGUGGCUGGGGAUAUGGUUCCACAAAAAGGGCUGGGACCUGGAGUUGCUGAUUCUGGAGGACGCCCCCACAGCACGCCAUUGGCUUCCCUGCUCCCUCCUUCCCUCGCUCCAUUCUAAUGAUAGUCUGACCCCUUUCCUAGUGCCUCCUUCAACUCCUCAGUCCCUUUGUUGUCUGGCCAACAUUUGCUGGAAUCCACGGGCUGGGGUGCUCCAGCACCCCUCUUUUUCUGGAGUUCAGUUGGCCCUCUGGGAGCCACCCCUACACAACUGGAACGGCGCUCCAAGUACUAGCAGUGAUGGCUCUUUGGGGACGACAGAGGAGUGUCUAUCUCCUUCCUCUCCUGCAGGCUCAGUGGACACGGCACCGUUACUUCAGAGUCUGUCAGCCGCCCCCUUGGUGACUGGUCUUCACAGCAAUGCCCAGGGGUGACCGAGCAUCACUGAGCAGAUAGCCCCUGCCCCUGAGCCAAUCUACCUGAAGUUACUGGGCACAGUCCAGCAAGAGUGUGGAGCCCUCAGGACCCCUGUGAGGGAGAUAUGAGGGACACACACCCCCUUCCUCUUGGAACCUAUUUUGUUUCCUUGUGCUGUCCUGGGAAAGAGGCAGAGGCAAAUAUAUGAGGACCAUCAGGGGCAUUCCUCAGGGCAGGAGAAAGCAUGAGAACCCAAGGAAACUGUUCAAGGAUCAACCAGAACCUGGCUUCUCGGGCGGGGUGAUUCCUGGCCAAACCUGCUGCCCUGGGAAGGCACGCCAUGCUCUCUGUGGUGUUAGGGGUGUAGGGGCGGGGGAUGGAGCACUCACGCCCACCUCCUGUGUGCAGGCCUCCCUGUGUGGCACACCCACUGGCUCCUCCUUCCACCUCUGCAGCCCCCUGUGAGAAGGCAGGUGUGAAUCUCCUCCUUUGUCUUUGAGAAUACUGGGGCUCAGACAGGUCAAGUCACACGUCCAAAGUCAUACUUCAGGUUCACGCAGUGAAGGUUCCAAUCCAGAUCUUCCACCUCCACGGCCACUUCUCCAUAAGGGUCUUGUUUUUAUGGGGACUGUAGGGAAAGAUGGGUGACCAAGAACAAAUCCACCCCAAGACCCUGACUGGUCAGGGAAGGUCAGGGGACCAGAGCCCCCUUCUGCCUCCCUUGAGGGCUCAGGACAGUGAGCUUUUGGUUGGAGAGAGCAAUAUGAAAUGGCCACCUGCCCCCAUGAGAUAAAACCCACCCCUCCAUUGCUGCUCUCCAAGCUGCUGCUGUUGACAUGUCUGGCCCAGCUGUGCGAGGGCUCUCUGAGGACUUGUACUUCCUGCUCAGUCUGGUGCAGGCCGCCACAGUGUGAUUGGUAAAUAAACACUUGAUGAGCAGUCAAUUAGAUGUACACUUCUGGUAGCAGCCAAGGUCAGUGGAGGUCAUCGAAGGUGGGCCUCGAAGGAUACAUGGGACCAGGGAGACUAGUGGCAGAGGGUGAAUGGGUGGGGUCCUCCACCAGACUCCACUUGUUUAAGCUCUGACAGGAAGGCUGGGUGGGGCUUCAGGAGAGUAAAUCCCAAGGCUUCGGAGGCAAACCAAAGCUGUUUGUAAACUUCAAGCUGACAGGAGUGGCACUACCAUGGCUGGUGCCCAUUAGGAAUGCUUUUGGGUGCAAGUGAGAGAACCCCCAGCUAACAGAGGCUUAAACCAUAAGGCCAUUUACUGUUCCCUGAGUGGGAAGUCUGGAGGGAGACAGUCAUGGACACUGGUUCAGCCUUUCACUGAGGUCACCUGGACUCUGGCUCUAGUCCUCUCUGCCAUGCUAAGAGUAACCUGCCUUUAUUACCCUCAUGCCACACACACAACUGCAUUUAGAGCAGGGGCACAAUGAUGCCAAUUGCAUGUUUCCCUAUCGGAAAGCAAGUCCACCUCAGAAAGCCCUACAGGUUUCACGUUAUGUCUUAUUAGCCAGAACUAGGUUAUAUGCUUGCUCACACUGCCAAUCACCAACAAAGGGAAAUUAGAAUAGCACGAGUAAUUAGGACUCAUCUCUUGGACUUGGGGAAUUGCCUGUUUCCUGAAAUCAAGAGGUUUCCCCCCAUUGCAAAAUCUAGCUUCUAGUAGAAAAAAAAGAUGGGGGGACUGUUGGGUAGGUGGCAAGUAGGGUCUGGUAUUACCAUUCUUUGAGAAGGCUGCCCUCACUCCAGGGUACUUGAAUGGCUCCCUUUCCAUGGAAUUCAAUAGAAACAUGCUUUUAGGUAGGAGGAGUGUGGCUUGGUCAAGCACUUCAGCUCUGCCUCCACUUCACAAAGGCCUGGACUCCUCCAGACCCACUGGAUUGGGAGGCUAGCAGCUGAGUCACAGACUGAGCUUGGUCCAUGCUCCACUAAUUGGUGUACAAUUUGGGCCUUGGUUUCUGUCAGGAAGGGGCUGGACUAGAGGAUCUAAGGGCAUUUCCCCAGAAACAUGUGUCCCUUUACUGACCCCCACUGACCUCCAAUAUGUUUGGACUAGAUGAAGUCCUCACAAGUCCUCAUGUUUUUGCAGCUUGGAGUCUAUCACAUGGCCCACUCCUACCCUGUCUGGACCUUAGCCAUUUGCCAAAGUGCCUUUCCACCACUCAAAUCUUCCUCUAACAAGUUGUAAAGAGAAUCUACCCCAAACCUUUCAGUUCUCCCUUCUUGGCAUCUGAAACAGAGAUCUGGGCCCAAGGUUUGCUGAACACAUACUCUGCCCGGGAUCAUGCUGAUUUUUUCUCAGGACUUAAGACUUCACAGGCUUCCAAAGGUCGGGCCCCCUACCGUCUGGUCUCAGAAUUAGGAUCUCAGGUGGGUGGGCCACAGUUCUCCUUCCCUGUCCCUUGGAGUCAAGAAUUCCCUUGGGAGAGACCUGGUGGGUGCAGUGAGCAGGGCCUCUCUGGGGACCAGUGAAGUCUUCUCCCCAUCAUCCCUCACACACGAAUGAAAAUAAAGGAUAGUGAGACUUGCUCGAUCACAAGCAGGAAGUCAGUUCACCAGCAGAGUCCACUUUUCACAACGAAUAUGGACAUUUUGGGGUGAGACCCUUCAUGGCCUGUUCUUAUUUGAGGAAAUAAGGACCAAAGGCUGGAUUCUCUGAUUCAAAACUGCAGCUGGCAGUCCUAUUCCUGCUCAGAACUCCUUCCAGCUUCUCUCUGUCUCCCAAACAAACAGGGCAGCUCAUUAAAAAAAAAAGUUUCAUCAAGAUAAAUUUUCCACACCAUGGAAUGGGUUUUUACAUUCUUCAACAUAGUGUAAACAGGAUUCUUACCAUUUCAGGCUGAGAGUCUUGACAUCAGAUAUUUAGUUGAUUUCACUUGGCGUCCUGGGCUAGGACUUGGGUUCUCACCUCCCUGCCCUGGGCGUGUCUUCCAGAUGUUUCCCUGAUCUACAAGUCAAGAUGCCCAUUUCUAUCCUCAGAGACACAGACGCCCUCCACGGGCAGUUUUAGAGCACCGUUUAUCUCCCUGCUUUAGCUAUGAAGGCUCAAGAAAUAUUAAAAUUCAACCUCAGAACACCCUGGUAUCCAAUCAAAACAUUCUAACUAGUUUUAUGUUAAAAUUUAAUAUGUACACAGUGAAAGAAAUUCCAACAGUACAAACCUUGAGAGCCCUCAUCCCCCGUUUCUGCACUCCAGAAGGGCAACCGAUGAAUGAUUUCCUACGUAUCCUCCCAGAAAUAUUACGUAUAUCCAAGCUUAUGUAAUCGCUCCUCUUUUUACUUAUGGGAGAAGAUUACACCUCUGUCCUUAUUUCCACUCUCUGCCCCCCACCUACCAAUUUAUUUGGGGAUCAUUCCACAUCAGGACAUAAUUUGGCCAGUUUUCUUUCCCACUCAAUAGAAACUUUGUUUUGAAAAAUUAUAUUCGGUGAAAGGCACAGAUCCUAAGUGCACAAUUUCAGAUUCUGCAUAUAGAAUGCGAGCAACCCUCCAUUUCCGUCUCUUUCCCUCCCCACCCCAGAAAGUUCUCCAUUCUCUUCUCUGAGUAACCAUGCAUCUUCUCUGAGUAACCACUGUUGAUUUCUGUUGCAUUGGGUUUGUUUUGCCUGUUGAACUUUCAAGGAGUGGGAUCAUGCAGCACAUAUUAUUUUGGGUCUGAUACCUUUUACUUAACAAAAUACUUUUGAAAUUCAUUCCUGUUGUGUGUAUCCAAUGAUUUCUUUUAUUAUUGUUGCAAAGUGGUGUUGCAUUACUUUGUGAUGGAAUCUGCCGAAAUUUGUUUAUUCUCUCUUGAUGGACAUUUGGGUUGUUCCCAUUGGGGGCUCUGAUGCAUAAAGCUAAUA